AUGGAGGAAUUAUGUCGAAAAUGCCUCAUCGUGAGAGAGUUUUCUUUUUUGCCUUUUACUCAUUUCGCCAAGUUUCGUCGUCGAGAGAAAGGAAGGCAGUUGCCUUUUGUUCCGUUUGACAGGUCGGCGUGUGAUAAGUCUGAAAAUGACACCGGAUUUUGUCGAGAGCUUUUACCGCGAUGCGACCGGCCGUUGCCGCGUACGAAAAACGCGGACCAGAACGAGCUUGUGAACUAUAUAAGCUCAUUGGGCGCCGACCGGAUGCCCGGCCAACGUAACAAUCGAUACGGAAUCCCCGACCAAUCCCAGCCUACUUCAAGCCUGCCUUCUUUUGUCUUUACGGAGACAAUGGAGGAGCGAUCGCUUUGUUUUUCUCAAUGACUCUAUUUAGCUUUCUUCAAAUCUAUUGCUGUUUACAUUGGCGUAAACAGGCCGGCUAAUUACAUUAAAACUUUUUUUUUGCAUCAGCUGGACAACACGUGCUUCACGAACGCGAACUACUUGGUCGAAAUGUGCCUAACUGCAAUGUACCUAAUAAGAAAAACAUAGGUACCCUACAUAAAACCACAAAAUGAUCCUAAGGGAUGCACAGUCACGAGUACUACAGUAAAAUCUAAAU